UAGCGAACGAUCAUUCCGGCUGUCAAGAGGUCUUUUUGAGCAUGGCAGGAAUAAAACCCAACCCGCUCAGCUGGACGCUACGGUUCAAGAACCAUAAUGUUACUAUCCUACUCCUCGUGUCGCCGGCGGAACCAUUUGACAGUAUUAAAAAGACACUGCUAAAAGCUCUCAAAGAACGAGGAAUUGAUGAAAUAAACGGAGUCCAAGUCCCUGAAGACCCUUCUGGGAUCGAGCUUGGCCUUCCCGUUGAUAGAAACAAUUUGGAGAAGGGCUGGGUUUUGCUCCAAGUCCCCACGGAGCGGAAAGGAGUGAAACGAGAUGCUGCUGGAAUCAAGAAGAGCGUAGUCAGUGACAGUCCACAGGGAGCGGAUUUGCGCGACUCCCAGGCUGUGGCGUUCCGGUUCCGUGCGACAAAAGAUGAAAGCCAAACCGAGAAUGGGCUUGAAAUGGAGAUUGAUGAUGCGGGAUGGGAUGUCUUGAUUCCUACCUAUGCUGAUGAAGACGAAGAGGAAGGGGAGGGGUUGGACGAGGAUGAGGGCGAGCGCGAGGGUGAAGAUGAUGAUGAGCAGGACGACUAAAAUGAUAUCGACUACUAUUUUGAGGACUGUGACUACGGGCGUUUUGGUGGAAGUUUGGGUUAAGUGGUGGGCCCCCAACAAGCGGUUUCAAGGUGUUCAGCAGCUUUGUUCACUAUAUAGGGUCAUGGUUUAAUAUAUUUUGAACAUCGUCGGGGUU